UUUAUAAUUGUCACCGGCGAGUCGAAAUCCACGUUCUGUAUUUUGAUCGUUCUACCUAAUAUUGAUGACUCAAUUUCAUUCACUUCUGAAUAUUUUUCAUGGAUAUAAAUAAAACAAACUACCUAAUAUAAUAGUCAGUUUUUAGCAUGGAAACUCAAGUUACAGACCUUCCAACUAACAGUGCCGAACCACACCACUGUCAACAGCCAGAACAAAGAUGUAGAAAGUUGCCAAAAUGGAGACCAACAUCCAAGGCAAAGUUAGCUGAAGUGGAAGACAAACUACUUAAAGCGUAUUUAAAGAUUCCAUACACCACGAGAAUGGUACAACUUUCAAAUCCAAAACAUCAAUUAUGGACAAUUUCUAUCAACGAAAACCAUAGUGGAACACCUUUAGUUCUAGUACACGGUAUGGGCGGUGGAAUUGGUCUGUGGGCAAAAAAUCUCACAGAACUAUCGAAAAAUAGACCGGUAUAUGCAUUUGAUCUCAUUGGUUUUGGUAAAAGUUCUAGACCAACACUAAGUUCAAAUACAGAAAGGGCAGAGGACCAGUUUGUAGACUCUAUUGAAGAAUGGAGAAAGCAAAUGAAACUGGAGAGGUUUAUUUUGCUUGGGCAUAGUUUAGGUGGAUAUCUAAGUACAGCAUACGCCUUGAAAUAUCCAGAGCGAAUUCAGCAUUUAAUACCAGCAGAUCCCUGGGGAUAUCACGAAAAGCCACCAGAAACACAGAUGCCGACACGAUACAAAAUCUUACUCGGGAUCGGUAGUCUAUUUUACCCAAUGUCUUUUCUACGGGCUUCAGGACCAUUUGGUCCUGGAUUGGUGAAGAAAUUUAGAUCUGAUAUCCAGAACAAGUUUGCUGAUGCCCUUACUGACGAUACAGUCAGUAAUUACAUCUAUCACUGUAAUGCCAGAACGCCAAGUGGCGAGAUUGCGUUCAAGAGUAUAAGUCUUGGACCAUACAUUUGGGCAAAAAAUCCUAUGAUUACAAGGGCUGUCAAUUUACCAAAGGAAUUACCAGUGUCUAUAUUGUAUGGAUCUGAGUCCUGGAUGGACAAAACAGCAGGGUACCAAGUACAGACUGAAAGGGAUUCAAGUUAUGUUACUGUACAGAAAAUCCCAGAUGCAGGGCAUCACGUUUAUGCUGAUAGAUCUGAUAUAUUUAAUGUUGUUGUCUCAGAAAUAUGUAAAGCUGCAGACCAGAACAGUGUUGUGUCACAUGACAAACUUGAAGAUAUUAUACAGAGCUUUGAAAGCACCAGUACAAAGCAAAGCACAUGACAUAAUCACAUGACUAGCUUUAAAAGGAUCUGAAAUAUUAGCUUUAAAAGGAUCUGAAAUAUGAAUGCAUAUCUGUUACAUUUACAAGGUCAAACUGAAACAUCUUACGUAGAGUUUCUAAGUAGGCACUAAGAGAAACUGAAUUGUAAACUUGGUAGUGAACAAGGACCAUAAGCAGAAGAGCUAUUUUGUCUUUCUUUACAGAUUAUAUUUUUGUACAACUAUUUUUUUGCUGUGAUAAUAUAUAUUUAUUGCCAUGUUACUUCAGCCUUACACAUUUCAAUGUUAUACGUUUCUGUUCUGUGUUAGAUAUUUAUCUUUUUAUUUAAAUAAAAUGAAUGAAACUGU